GCUUGUGUCGAUAGCAUCACAGGUCGACGCAGCCACAGACGACGCGGUAGCGACUGGUGGCGACUCUUUUUCGUUCGUUUCGUGUCUCGUACGCUACAUUCGCCAACAUGAGUCGUGUUAGAACGAAGACGGUCAAGAAGGCCGCGAAGCUGAUCAUUGAGAAAUAUUACCCACGCCUCACAUUGGAUUUUCAUACAAACAAGAGGAUAUGCGAGGAGAUCGCUAUUAUCCCCAGCAAAUCUCUGCGCAACAAGAUUGCUGGGUUUGUCACUCACCUGAUGAAGAGGCUUAGGCACAGUCAGGUACGUGGUAUCUCCAUAAAGCUGCAGGAGGAAGAGAGGGAACGCCGAGACAACUAUGUUCCCGAGGUUUCUGCUUUGGAGCACGAUAUCAUCGAGGUUGACCCGGAGACUAAGGAGAUGCUGAAGAUGCUCGAGUUCAACAACAUCACUGGGCUCCAACUUACACAACCUGUUCCACAAUUUAGCAGGCGUUCUUAAAUAUUCUCUUUCUUUUUCACUCUCGAUAAACAUGGUUGGUUUUGCAUUUUUCAAUAAAAUUGCAAACUAACAUACACGA